UGAUGUCAUGUCAUUUGCAUAAUUGCAUGCAUGGGAUUCCUUUAAAAGGCUAAAAAAAAAUGUGAGACAUAUAUUUGAAGACAAAUCCUUGUGUUAUUUGUUUUUUGUGUCUAUUUUGGCUUGUUCUUUUUACAUUAUGCCUUUUUGCUCUAUUUUUCCAUUUUUGCUAGGAUUUUUUUUGUUGGUUUGAUUUCUACAAUGUGCCUUAGGUCCAUUUUAUUAAAAAAAAAAAAAAAGUUUUAUGCAAAUGGACCCCAGGCCGCUCUUUGGACAUCCCUGGUUUACUAUUUCACCGAGAGGUGAGAAGUGUUACCAAACGACAGAAGAGUGUCGGUGAAUGCAUGAUACAAGAAACACAAGAAAUUGGGAACAUACCACCGCCUAACAGGCUGUGCCAAAUCCAUUCGUGGCAGCUCAGAUUUAUUAGUGGCAGCCUGCCACAAAUACAUGCAUGUAUGGGAAACACUGCUGCAGAAUAAAAUAAUAGAAAACACAUUGUAAAAGUUUGACGUGCAUUUAUUUUUCCGAACACUGGAGGGCAGUACACAGCUUAACACUAAACACCCGUCCUGACUGUUGUAUGAGGCAAUCAAAUAAGUCAUUUUUACAACUCUUAACUUAGUUAAGGAUUAGUUAUUUAAAAAAACAGACUUGUUAAAGGAAAACGGCACUUUUUUUGGAAUUUUUCCCAUCAUCCACAAUCUUUAUGUGAAACAUGAACACACAUCUUUCCCAUUUCUGUGCGUUCUAAGAGAGAAAAACAGCUUGCAGGAGGCUGCUAGCAAUGCACUUAAUGGAACUCGCCUAAAGCCCGAAAAAAAACCCCACGCAAAACACCAACAAUGUUCCAUUUACAUAACGUGACCGGCAUAUUAACCAAGCUACAGCUGCAUUGUUAUUGUAGGAAAUACCACUGAAGAACUACUUUACUUGCGUAGUGACACAGCGCCUCGCUCACAACACCUCACGCCACAGAGUGAUGUGUGAUACCACUUUAUUUUCCAAUUCUCAACUCAACUCAAAUACUGAGUAAUAUUCAGGCUGGUAUCGACGAUACUGAUCCAAUACCGAUACUUUGUACAAAUACACCUAACACAGGGGUCACCAGGUCGCCCCUAAGGACCAUAUUAGUCACCUGCAGGCCUGUUCUUGAAAUAGCUCAAAUAGCGCCACUCACCAGUGAGGUGCAUCUCAUUUUUUUGGUUGCUAUUCUUGUUUAAAUCACACGUCAUUUUAUGUGGCCCGCGAGAGCGAUUAAAUAGGUGAAAGGCGUACUACAAAAACUACAUUUCCCACAAUGCCUGUCGACUACAAUACGAAGUGACGGCUCACCGCCACUAAACGGCAGUGUCUCCACAUCAAUGCCAACGAGUUGAAUUGACAAAUAAAUAAUGAUCCCAAAAUGUCCAAGGAGAGAAAAGUUGAUACGGAUGGAAGACCGUUUCAGGAAAGAUGGGAAGGCAGGUACUUGUUUGUGUUUCAAGGAGAAAGACCGGUAUGUCUUUUGUGUUACAAAGCGGUGUCGGCAUUUUGACACUAAACACGCAGCUAAGUACGCCAAAGCUAGCCUUCAAGAAAAGCAACAAAUUGGCCAAGAAUUAAAAGGCAAACUGUGGUUGCAGCAGAGAGUGGUCACAAAAUCCACAGCCAAAAACAAUGCGGCAGUGGAAGCUAGCUUUAUUGUGGCUGAAGAAACUGCCCACGCUUCCAAGUGUUUUCCAGAGGGAGCGUUUUUUGAAGCAGUGCAUGCUGAAGGUCUGUGAGCAGGGUCGCGGUGGUAUGCUGGACUGUCUCAGCCGACUUCGGACGAGGACACCGUCAGUCAUCGAGGGAGGGAGCGGUGCCGUUUUUGUGAUUUUGGGCCCAUAUGGAAGCGGCGUUGAGGCAUUGUGGAGAGAGACGCUAAUCUUGACUUGCUGUCCAAUGGAGGACGACAUGAUGGAAGCGUGGCUGGACGAUCACCUCCAAUUCACACACUCUUAUUUUGUCAGGAAGGCAUCCAGGGAGAUGGUAAACGCCUGGUUCGCCGAACGCGUCCACACCAUCAAACCGGCCACCUCCAAAGACAGCCCCCCCACCUUGGACAACGUGGCGCCGACAACUGCAGCCACCAACCAGCCCCCAGCUACGCCGCCUCGCAAAAUCUCUGCCUCGGAGUUUGACCGCCCGCUCCCACCCAUCGUGGUUAAAGACUCUGAGGGCUCAGUGACGUUCCUGAGUGACACCGACCGCCCAAGUGCACCCCCUGAGCAGGGGUGUGGGGUGGCAGUGGACGGUGAAGAUGGGGGCGGUGGACGGGCGGUGGGGGAUCCUUGCACUCGACUGCUGGGGCUGGUGAAGGACGUUGCCAGCCAUCUGGAUGUGACAGCACUUUGCCACAAGAUCUUCCUACACAUCAACCAACUCAUCGCUGCAGACCGCUACUCGCUAUUUCUGGUGGGCGAAGACAGCUCCAACAAGAAAUUCUUAGUCAGCCGCCUGUUUGACGUGGCCGAGGGUUCCACGCUAGAAGAAUCUUCCAGCAGCUGUAUCCGACUAGAGUGGAACAAAGGUAUAGUGGGACACGUAGCGGCCACGGGACAACCGCUCAACAUCAAGAAUGCUUAUCAGGACCCUCGAUUUAACGCAGAGGUAGACAUGAUCACUGGUUACAAGACGCAAAGUAUUCUUUGUCUGCCCAUCAAGAACCACAAAGACCAAGUUGUUGGAGUGGCCCAAGCUAUUAAUAAGAAACAUGGUGAGGACGGAGCCUUCAGCCAACAAGACGAAAAGGACUUCUCAGCUUACCUGGCCUUUUCAGGCAUUGUGCUACACAACGCACAACUCUACGAGACAUCACAGCUGGAAAACAGACGCAAUCAGGUUCUGCUGGAGUUAGCCAGUCUUCUGUUUGAGGAGCAGCAGAGUGUGGAGGUUCUCCUGAGGAGGUUUGCAGGAACCAUCUUGUCCUUCAUGAUGGCUCAGUCUUGUACCGUCUUCAUCGCUGACAACGACUCCACUCAGAACCCUUUUUCCAGCGUCUUUCACAUGGACUAUGAGGAGCUAGGUCAAGUUCUUAAUGCUCCCAAAAGUGUUAGGGACUGCGUGAGCCAGAUGAACUACAUGUACGCUCAGUAUGUCAAAAACACCAUGCAGCCCCUCAACAUCGCCGACGUCGCCGAAGAUCAACGCUUCCCCUUCACGUGUGAACACCAAUCAGGCAAACCACCGAAAAGUUUACUCUGCACGCCGAUCAAAAACGGCAAAAAGGACAAAGUCAUCGGAGUCUGCCAGUUAGUCAACAAGGCAGACGAAGCGUCGGGUAGCAUAAAGACCUUCAACAGGAACGACGAGCAGUUCUUGGAGGCGUUCGCCGUCUUUUGUGGUCUCGCCAUCCAGAACACGCAAAUGUACGAGACGGUGGAGAGAGCCAUGGCCCAGCAGCAGGUCACCUUGGAGGUUCUUUCGUAUCAUGCCUCUGCUGCUUCAGAAGAGUCCCAGGAACUCCAGGUAGCCGUGAUCCCGUCGGCUCAGUCGUUGCGUCUUUUAGACUUCAACUUCAGCGAUUUUGAAUUGUCGGACGCUGAAACCGCUUUGGGGACGGUUCGCAUGUUCCUGGAUCUCAACCUGGUCCAGACCUUCCAGAUGAAGCACAUGAGUUUGUGCCAGUGGAUCCUGAGCGUGAAGAAGAACUACAGGAAGAACAUCGCCUAUCACAACUGGAGGCAUGCUUUCAACACAGCACAGUGCAUGUUCGCGCUCCUCAGAUCGGGCCGCUUGCAGAACAAUCUGAGGGAUUUGGAGGUUUUGGCUCUGAUGAUCUCCACUCUGUGCCACGACUUGGACCACAGAGGAGUGAACAACUCGUACAUCCACAGGAGUGACCAUCCACUGGCUCACCUUUACUGCCACUCCACCAUGGAACAUCACCACUUUGACCAGUGCCUCAUGAUCCUCAACAGCCCAGGUAACCAAAUCCUGAGUAGUCUCUCUCUGGAGGAGUACAAAAGUACUUUAAAGAUGAUCGAGAUGGCCAUUCUCUCGACUGACCUGGCCCUCUACAUCAAGAGGCGUGAAGAGUUCUUUGAGUUGACUAAAAACAAGCAGUUUGUAUGGGAGGAUGAACAUCACAGAGACUUACUAAGAUCAAUGCUGAUGACUGCUUGUGACAUAUCAGCCAUUACCAAGCCAUGGCCCGUGCAAAAGAAGAUCGCAGAGCUGGUGGCGACAGAGUUCUACGAACAAGGUGAUAAAGAGAGACAAGAGCUGAACAUGGAGCCCAGCGACCUAAUGAAUCGGGAGAAACGAGACAAGAUUCCCAGCAUGCAGGUGUCCUUCAUUGAUGCCAUCUGCACUCCGUUAUAUGAGACGUUGGCUACGAUGUCAGAGUAUUGUUCUCCUUUGUUGGAGGGUUGCCAGACGAACCGUCAGCACUGGAAGUGUUUGGCCAAAGAGUGUGACAAAGAGGACCAAAACAGCCUGGUUUGAUGUCCAACAACAUGCAGCUUUUCCAGAUUCUUCCUGUUUUUUUUUUUUUUGUAGUUUAACUUUAUUCACCAAAGUUGCCCAGCAAAGCAAAAAAAUAAAACAUAAAACUCACCUUCAAAGAUAACUUCAUUUGAGGCAGCUGGUGUUUCCACUAAGACUACAACUCGGGGUGGGACUCAUGCAAUACAAGGGUGAUAUUUGGCCGACGAUGAAUUCAUAAAAUGUACUAUUUUUGCAAAGUAGUGUUAUUUUCCUUGAAAACUUAAUGACAUUAUGUGCUAAAAAUUGUAGAAGACUAUGACAAUAUUUUCCUGUCUAGUAAAAUUACACGUUUUUUGGUGUAAACCUUAUGACUAAUUACAUGUUUUUAUGUCGUCACACGGCUUUAUCCUCGUAAUAUUUUUUGUAAACCUACAACCUUUUUCUGGUAAAUGUACAAGUUUGCGAGAUUUUUAAAAAAUGUUACAAUUUUCUUUAAAAAAAAAAAGUCUUAAAAUUGCAAGAUUUUUGUUGUCAUAUUUCCUUUUUUUCUUGAAAAUCUUGGACUUGUAAAAUAUAACUUCUUGUAAUGUCGUGUUGACACUUUCUGUAAAUGUACUCUUUAAUUCACCAAAAACUACAUGCAUUUUACACAUUAGAACUGCAUUUGCUUAAAAUUGCUUUGUUGUAGUAUUACCACUAUAUUUGUUUUUUCAUAAAGGUAUGUUGCUUUAACAUUUUUCUAUUUAUAUUUUGUAUAAUCAUAAUAAAACCUUUUUUUGUAAAUUUCAAACUCCUACAGCCAGUCUAUGUGCAAAAAGACAGGCGUGACAUGCUGAUUUUUGAGCCGUAGAAUGGCCUCAGACUGGCUGCAGAGGGUCUUUAUGGGCGCUUACGUUUUUUUUCAGGUUGAAAGACAAACUUACACACUUUGUUUGUCUUCGUGCGUCGUCCAUACGGCCAACGUGUGUCUUUUGUACCUUUUGUUGGUGUCAGAUUCAGGUAUUUCGCACAUCCUCCAUGCGUGUCGAGAUCCUACUUCUUCAUGAUCACCACAACUACUUUCUCCACAAACAAGAAAACAGAGAUUUGGGGAACAACAACAAUCGCACGGCCAAAAAAAUUCUACGUCCGGUUGUGAUUUGGUCUUAAUUUAACCCGCAAUUCCUACUUUAAUGUGGCCAUGUAAUUUAAACUUGUCAAUCGUAAAUGUUUUCUGGGAUGCGUCGCCCGCUGUGUGCUCUGACACAAACAUCUUAGUUGCCCCAGCAAGAACAGUGGUAACAGUCUUGGAAACGUGAAUAUUAUUCCAUACUAUUCCAGACCCGGAACUUUCUAAAAUCACAUUCCAUACUUCUCCAUAGUUGCGUAGGACACAGGACCUUGUCUUGAAAAUAGUAAAAAAAUAAAUAAAUAAAUAAAUAAAUAAAUAAAUAAAUAAAAUAAAAAAUUAAACAGCAGGCAAUGAUCAUUUUAUUAAAAUACCGAGGUGUUCACUUCAUAAGAUGAGUUUUGGCAGUCAAUAAUAAUAAUAAUUUUAAAAAAACGCAUGUUAAAACAUGUUGAUAUUGUCCCCCCCCCCCCAACUGUUCUAUAAAAUCAAAUCUAUGGUACCAUGUUCUAUGAAAUAUAAUCAGUUUUACCCAUUUUUUCGUGUUUUGAAAAAUACCAAACACAAAACGUCUGUUGGUAAUUUUUAAUGUCCGGUAAUGACGCUAUGGAUGUAGAGGGUCAUGUAACGUAACUGAGUCCAUAGAUAUGAAUGAAUGUGUGUGUUUAGAAAGAGUCUGCCUUCUUGUAAGCCACCAUGCUGGUCACCUUGUGGAUAGAAGUGGUGAACGAGCGCAGGCGGACCUCCUCCGAUUGGCUGAUGAUGUGCGGGCUGGACUCCUCCCACUUUUCUGGAAUCUCUAGGUCUUUGUCGGUAUAGACCAGGAGGUUGAAACCACCUGGAAGUAUUGAUGGAAGUAGUACUGUUUAAGCUUUUAUUGCACGGUGAGCUGCAUACAUGUGUGGGUUGUUUAUGGUCCCCAGGGGCACAGGUUGCCCACCCCUGAUACAAGAGGGUUACUUACACGGCGUCUCCAGCAGUGGUAGGAACGUUACCGUGGCAGUUAUCUGUCUGAGCACUGAGCGGAUGUCAUUCUGGAUGGCCUUGAUGGACUUCUCUCUUGGUGCACUGGGAAAUGAUACCUGGCAGUUAUAUAUCACCAUUCAAAAUAACUAUUGAAAACACCCCUUCUAGUGGUAAUAACAUCGUGAAUGAAGAUACAUAAAUAUAUAAUUAGUAAGAUUUAGGAGUGGGAAAAAAUAUCGAUAUGGCAAUAUGAAUGAUACUUUGGAUAUAAUAUUGAUUUUUAAUGUCGUAAUAAAUUUUUUAAAGUAGUAAUGUAAUUUGCGUACCUUGGCUCUGCAAGGUGUUGUUGUACCGCUACCUUGCUGUGUAGUGUUAGUGCUGAGUGAGGCCAUGAGUGAGGCAGUCGCAGAAGUCGACAGUGGAGAAUCAGAAGCAAGGAUGGCAGCAAAACUUGGAGCUAGGGCUGGGCGAUAUGGACCAAAACUCAAAUCCUGAUAUACAGUCAAACCUGUCUAUAGCAGCCGCUGAAGGGAAACGGCAAAGUGGCCACUAUAGACAGGUGGCCACUGUAGACAGGUUGGCGGCCAUUUUGAAUUUGUGCGCGCACAUAUUAACAUGUUCACAAAAAUUAAAAAUGUAUUAAAAAUUUAAAAAUUAAAUCAAAGGUAAUAAAAUUAUAAAAAUAUAAGCAGCAGAGAAAUAUUUAAAAAAAUUAAUUUCCAUCUUUGAUUUUUUUUUUAAAAACGAUUUUAAAAGCAAGAAAUACAAAUUUUAGUGAACGAGCCUGAGGAAUGGGAUCUAACAGGAUACGCGUGAAGCAGUCAUGAAUGGGUGUGUACGUGAACAAUAGAGUGCGGAGGAGGUGCGAAGAUCGGCGUAAACUAACAAUACCAUCUGUUAGGGAACGGCGAGUGCCGUGGAUUGGAUCCCAAGAUGCGGUAGUCGACGUGUGGUUGGAAGAUGUUUGUUCCAAACCAGAAAAAGAUGAAAAGUACAACAAAGGUACAAAAGUACAACAGAUGGUAAUUACAACAAAAGGUGACCCGGAAGACACACGGGAAAAGGAGCAAAAAACAAAAACAGCUACCAAAAAGAGUAGAGUAAGACUAACACAAAACAAGUAUCUCCAGGUGUUGUCAAUUUGCUCUCCAUGGUGGUGUGUAGGGUGUACUGCAAUGAAGAGCACAGGAGAGGGCAGUAUCGCAGCACACAGCACACCACACCAUCUCUCCUUUCUUUUUGAACAGGCUUCUAAUCUCUAAUUAGUCGGCAAUUAAGUGAAAUUUUAGAUGUUUUAUUCAGGUGUUUUGGCCAUUUUAGAAUCUAUUCACGGCGGCAUUGCAAAGUGGGAAGAUUACCCUUUUGGCCGUCAUUGAAUCUUUUCAGGGCGGCAUUGCAAAGUAAGAAGACGACUUUUUUUAUGUGGAACAACUGACAGUUUGUGUGGAUCUUGUGAAUGAUUGUGACUGAGCUAGGACUCGGUAAUUAAAGUCUACGCACGACGGCUUCAUUGAUUGAAAAACGAAACUUUUUCGUGCAUGAAGCUUCUGCGUCAGUCGGUAUUUUGGCCGCUAUAUGCGGUCAGAUAUUGACCAAGGGAUACCAAAUGGGUGGCCGCUGGCCGCGUUACACAGGUGACCGCUAUACACAGGGUCUACAACACGCAACUUUUCUGCGAGGGAUUUUUCAGUGGCCUCUAUAGACAGGUGGCCGCUAAGACAGGUUUGACUGUAUUUAGGUUGAAUAUCAAUAUCUGAUAUAUAUCCCGAUAUUUUUUCUACAAAGUGAGUUUAGACCAGGGGUGAGCAAACUACGUCCCAGGGGCCACAUCCGGCCCGCCAAGCGUUUUAAUCCGGCCCCGCCAGUUGUUUCCAAAGUAAAAGACAAAUAAUUCGCAAUGUGAUAGGACACAGCUUUAGUAAUAACAUGCCACUUGGCACUUUCAUUCGUUUUUUACGCAACAGGAAAAAGAAGCAAGCAAUGAGCUUUGUGUUUGGCAGGAGCUUUGUGUUGGUCCAGCCUGCAGCUUCACACACUCGUACUGGAGUUUGUGCCAAGUUUUAAGGUGGUGAAAAAGAUUUGAUUAUGGAGCGGAUUGAGUAAGGAACUCAAGCAAAGCACCAAGAUGAGCGAUUGAUGUAUGCAAAAUACAAGGAAGAAGAGUCUUGAGCCACUGUGUACAAAAUGCUGUGUCUAACCACGACAACACUCAUUACUCUCUCAUUGUCAUUGUCAUUAUUCCAACUAUGUUCUGUUAUGUCUAUUUAUAUUGAUUAUUAUUUACUUAUUAUUAUACUGAUUGUUAUAUCUGAUUAUUAUUUAUUAUGACUGUGGAAAAACCUUGACAAUUAUAUUACCAUAUUGUUACAUUUAUUGCAAUUGAUGUGAAACGGAUGAGGGGUAGGAUUAAAUAAGCUUUGCUUCUUCCCACUCCUUUUGGGACAUGUGAAAAUGAGAAUUGUACUAUGUGAUGUAUUUCAUUGUAACUUGUAUGCAUGUUCAAGUAAAUUAAACCAUUACUUUCC